AUGAACAUUGCCACUUGUUGCCGUCACUCAAGCUUCAUCUUAAAUCAUCACAUAGACAAGACUUUAGUAAGGACUCCACAAGCAAGAUCAAAUACUAUUACAUUCACGAGAAGAAAACUACAAGGAGGAAGAAGAAGAAAGAUAGGAUUGUGUUUGGUAAGAGCAAGUGCCGAGGUAGGAGAAGAAGAAUCGGGCGAUCAAAGCAAGCCCGAGAGAAGAAGUUUCUUGACCUUAGCAGAAGCCGGUCUGGUCGAAAUCUCCGGUCUUGGUGCACACGAAAAGUUUCUCUGUCGACUAACGAUAUCGUCAUUGAAUUUACUAAGAGUGAUAUCGGAGCAAGAAGGAUGUUCGAUAGAAGAGUUGAAUGCUGGAAAAAUAUGUGAUUGGUUCUUGAAGGAUAAGCUGAAGAGAGAGCAUAACAUCGAAUCUGCUGUUCUUCAGUGGGAUGAUCCAGAUUUUCCAUUUUAA